AUGAACCGCGUGGUGCUCGCCGUGUUCGCCCUCGAGCGCCGCCUGACGGACACCACCAUGGGCGACGACACGACGAGCGCCGCGCCUCGCACUGGAAGCCCAGGCACCGUGCUCCUGGCGCUCCUCGCCUUCCUCUACGUGGGCAGCGCGGCUGGGGCGGCGCUGGACGAGUCCACCACGAUGGCCGACGAGCGCCGCCUGACGGACACCACCAUGGGCGACGACACGACGAGCGCCGCAGCUCGCAGUGGCGCCCUUGGCACCAUGCUCCUGGCGCUCCUCGCGUUCCUGUUCGUGGGCAGCGCGGCUGGGGCGGCAGUGGACGAGUCCACCACAAUGGCCGACGAGCGCCGCCUGACGGACACCACCAUGGGCGACGACACGACGAGCGCCGCGCCUCGCACUGGAAGCCCAGGCACCGUGCUCCUGGCGCUCCUCGCCUUCCUCUACGUGGGCAGCGCGGCGGGUGCGGCGCUGGACGAGUCCACCACGAUGGCCGACGAGCGCCGCCUGACGGACACCACCAUGGGCGACGACACGACGAGCGCCGCAGCUCGCAGUGGCGCCCUUGGCACCAUGCUCCUGGCGCUCCUCGCGUUCCUGUUCGUGGGCAACGCGGCUGGGGCGGCAGUGGACGAGUCCACCACAAUGGCCGACGAGCGCCGCCUGACGGACACCACCAUGGGCGACGACACGACGAGCCCCGCGGCCCCCCGCGCGGCGUUCCGGACGGCGCCGCUGUUCGCCCUUGCUGCGGCGCUCGGUCUUGCAGCCCAUCGCUAA